AUCAAAAGCAGUUGUCACGUCGCCUCGCGUUAGCAAUUUGGGGUGUCGAAGAGGCUCAAGUUGUCGCGCCAUGUCGGCUCUCCGAGUUGCCGACAGCAAUGCCGGCAGUGUCUCCACCCCGGCCGCGGCGCCCGCACGCCUCGCCUUCCCGUCCCGGCCCAGUCCCGCGCGUACCUACGUAUUUGUGUCCCGGCGAGAUUGUGUCCUUUCUGAUUUGAUAACAAUGAUGAAGUGCCCGCUGGACCCUCAAUAACCUUUGUCGUGAUGGAGGCAGUGGCGCUGCUGGUCGGGUGGCGCGGCGCGUGACGUCAUGGCGGGCGACGCGGGCGCCUACUGCGUGCCCGGCGCCAGCGACUUCUACCGCGGCUACAGCCGGCUGCACGGCUACAUCGCCGUGGCCAUCUGCGUGGUCGGCUCCGUCACCAACUCCAUCAACAUCGCCGUGCUGUCGCGCCGCGAGAUGACCAGCACCACCAACUCCAUCCUCACGGGCCUGGCCGUGGCCGACCUGCUCGUCAUGCUCGAGUACAUCCCCUACGCGCUGCACAUGAACAUCAAGAUCGGGCCGCAGGUCAACCGCAACACCUACAGCUGGACCGUGUUCGUGUACUUCCACUCCAUCUUCAGUCAGACGUUCCACACGAUCUCCAUCUGGCUGGCGGUGACGCUGGCCGUGUGGCGCUACAUCGCCAUCGCCUUCCCGCAGCGGAACCGGACGUGGUGCAGCAAGAAGAACACGACGCUCGCGAUAGUGAGCGCGUACGUGAUCUGUCCCAUCCUGUGUCUCCCGAUCUACUUCGCGAUGAACAUCGUGCCCAGUGAAGUGACACAUCAGAACAGUUCGGAAUUCGCGGAGGACUUAUCUCUGCCGCACAAUCGGACCGUCUACGUUCUUGAAAUGUCCAAGAAUGUUGAAUUAGUGACAGCAAUAAUGUGGAUUUACAGUGUCAUAUUGAAACUAGUUCCAAGUAUCGCUUUAUCUAUUUUAAGUACUUGUUUAAUAUCAAAGUUGACGACGACGGAGAGGCGGCGGCAGAAACUUCUGAAAAGAUCAAUGGUUGGGCCCAACGAGGCGGAGAAGCAAUGCCUGCAAGAGGAGGCGUGCGCGCGGCGGGCGUCUCGCACGGACCGCACCACGCGCAUGCUGCUGGCCGUGCUCGGGCUGUUCCUGUCCACGGAGGUGCCGCAGGGGCUGCUGGGGCUCGCCAGCGCCAUCGCGCCGGACUUCUUCAAAAGCUGCUAUGGGAUGUUCGGCGACCUAAUGGACGUGCUGGCGCUGUUCACCUCCUCCGUGAACUUCGUGCUGUACUGCAGCAUGAGCCGGCAGUUCCGCUGCACGUUCGCGCGGCUGGCGCGCCGGCUGCUGACCGGCCCGGAGCCCGCCAAGUGCGCCGCCAAGCUCGAGCCCACCACGCAGGUGACCGGGCCGCUAUAGCGACAGAGUCCCGCCCUACUGCGGGUGGUCGAGGAGAGCAUCAUAUAGCAUGACGAAAAUGCACGUGCUCUCUAUUUCUUAAUUACUGAUCUGUAUUUAUAUUGUAAAUAGUAGUCUGUAAACUUAAGUACCAUAUUUAAGAAAUUAAUUAAUGGGUACCAGCUGUAAAUAAUAGGUCUAACGUAAGCACAUUUGUUUGUAAAAUUAACUAAAUAACUUAAAAUUGACGUUUUUUGGUAUAGUACAUCCCACACCGACACAAAUACUGUGUGCACUUCUAAACUUCCUUUCAGUCCUAGAUUUUGCGUUUAUUGAGCCAUAACGCAGAAUCUAGGUAAUGUUGAUAAAGUAUUUAAGAUUAGAUUAUCGAUCUACUUUCAAUUUACCAUAAAUUAAUGUAAUAUACCUACAUAUUUUUAUAAGUUUGUUAGUAAGUAAGUGUUUUCAUACUCUUUAGGGUCCAAGUUUCAUGUAAUUUUUUAUUGAAAUAUCUAAGACACGGAUAAUUUUGCCUAAUAUUUGUACUUAAUUUGUUUUUUUAUAUUUCUCAUGAGCUUUAUCGUAGGUACCUAAUAAUUAUAUAGAUAUUAUAGAUGAUAAUGUACCUACACAAAUAUUUUGAAAGGCAUGAUGAAGACCUACUGGAUAAAUAAAUGAAUGUGUAAAAGUU